GUGGUGCAGGAUCUGCAGCAGGCUGUCUCCAGGCUGGAGGCCCGGCUGAGCGUGCUGGAGAAGAGCUCGCCUGCCCAUCGGGCCACAGCCCCGCAGACCCAGCACGUGUCCCCCAUGCGCCAAGCGGAGCCCCCUGCCAGGAAGGCGGCCCCUGCCGCAGAGGACGAUGAGGAUGAUGCCAUCGACCUGUUCGGCAGCGAUGAGGAGGAGGACAAGGAGGCAGCGCGGCUGCGCGAGGAGCGGUUACGGCAGUAUGCCGAGAAGAAGGCCAAGAAGCCUGUGCUGGUGGCCAAGUCCUCCAUCCUCCUGGACGUCAAGCCUUGGGACGAUGAGACAGACAUGGCCAAGCUGGAGGCCUGCGUGCGCUCCAUCCAGUUAGACGGGCUGACCUGGGGGGGCUCCAAGCUGGUGCCCGUGGGCUACGGCAUCCGUAAGCUACAGAUCCAGUGUGUGGUGGAGGACGACAAAGUGGGGACCGACCUGCUGGAGGAGGAGAUCACCAAGUUCGAGGAGCACGUGCAGAGUGUCGACAUUGCUGCUUUCAGCAAGAUCUGAGCCCGAGCACCGGGCCUGGGUGUGGGAGGCCCUGCAGCCAUUAAAGACUGAGAUCGCAAAAAAAAAAAAAAAA